UUGAAUCUUAACAUCGAAAUGGGGCGUAAAAUGUUCGCGCUCGUGUUUGUUUUGGGGGUUUUUAAUUGUGCCCACUGUGUCGAUGAUACGCUCAAUGACACUUUUGUUAUGAAAAUUAAGCCAGUUCUAGAACCGAGGACUUUGAUAAGCAAUUAUAAUCACGACAGAAAAGAAAAAUGGAAAAAACACAUUUUAACAGAAGAAAAUAAAGAAUCCAACGUCACGGAAAAACCGACUGGUGGAGGUAUUAGUUUUCCAAGAUCUUUGGAAAUAAUUCCACAAAUUUUAGCUCAAAUAGAAAAUGAAAAAUGUGUCUACGACACGGUUGCCGCUUUGGAAGGAAUGGCAAAACACGAAAGGUGGACACUUGAAAUGUUUGAUGCUUCUCCCAAAUUUCCUGUAGGAAUUCUUACUGGUAACCAUUACCAACUAGGUAAUUUUGACGAGUGCAUGCGAGUAAAGCAGCCAUUACCAGAGGAUGCUAAUUAUAGUAUUAAAGGACAAUACUGCCUUACGGACAUUUAUUUUAACCACAGAAGCGUCCAAAAUUCCCUUAGUAUUAAUAACUUAAAGACAAAAAACCGCUACAGCUUUAACAACUCGGUCAUCCACUGGGGAAUUUGUAUACCCGAUUCUUGCAACGAAGAAGAUGCCAAAAUUUUUGUCCAAGAAAUUUUUAAAUCCACCGUAGACAAUGUGGAAACGGUAGAAGUAACCAUUGGAAAAAAUAAAUGCCAAGUGGAAAAAUCUUUUCCAUUAAAUCAGUUGGAAAUAAUUUACGGGUCAAUUAUUGGAUUUUUUAUAAUGUUCAUAUUUUUUGCCACCUUUUUUCACUGCUGGACACUGAGAAGAAGGCAGAACUACGUAGCAUAUAAUGUGGAAAGUGUAAGAGAGAAAAACAGCACACUUAAAAGCAUGGUUUUGUGUUUUUCCAUGAUUAGAACCGUGAAACAAUUUUUACACACCUCCCCGAAUGACUUAAAUUUAGAAUGCAUUUAUGGAAUUAAAUUUCUUUCUAUGAUGUUUAUAAUAGCUGGUCAUACUCUUAUUUUUAUUGCUGGAGGACCUGUCGAUAAUAUUGCUUAUGUAAAUGAGCAAGCCUAUAAGGUAAAAAAUGGGGUAUUUUUUAAUAGUGCAUUACUAGUGGAUACCUUUUUAAUUAUUAGUGGAUUUCUAAUGUGCCGAUUGCUUUUAAUUGAAUUGGACAAAAGAAAAGGAAAACUCAAUAUUUUGGUUUUAUACAUUGCUCGGUACAUUAGAUUAACUCCCGCAUAUAUUGUUAUAAUUGGAUUUUAUUCUACGUUUUUAAUAAGAAUCGGAUCAGGACCGUUAUGGAAAUCAAAAAUUGGUUUAGAACAAGAACGUUGUUUAAAAUCCUGGUGGAUAAAUAUUUUAUAUGUAAAUAACUAUUUUAAUACGGAAUAUCUGUGUAUGUUCCAAUCCUGGUAUUUAGCUGUAGAUUACCACUUAUUUAUAGUGGCUCCUUUCAUAAUUGUUACUUUGUGGAAAUGGAAAAAUAUUGGCAAAACACUUUUGGCUGCUUUAAUGGUACCCUCCAUUGCAGUACCGUUUUGGUUAACUUAUAAAAAUGAGAUGGAUCCAACGCUUUUGGCUUUUCCACCUGAAAUUGAAGAUCUGUCAACAAACCACUACUUCGCAACGUCCUACAUCAAAACUCACAUGAGAACAAACUCAUAUUUAAUCGGACUCCUUUUCGGAUAUAUCAUUCACAGACUGCAAACGUCAGGGACGAAAAUUCCAACGUACAUUGUUUGGAUAGGAUCAAUAAUUGCCACAGUUACCGCUUUACUCGCCAUGUUUUCCAUAGUUGUUUUUCUUCAUCCCGAUCACGAGAAAAACGUUUUGGAGAAUGCGAUUUAUUCGCCAUUACACAGGGUGGCAUGGUGUCUUUCCAUUGGCUGGCUGCUUAUUAUCUGUGUUACUGAUAACGCUGAAAUAGUAAGCAAUUUUUUGUCAUGGAAGUUUUUCAUUCCUCUAAGCAGAUUGACGUACUGCGCAUAUUUGGUCAAUGGACUCGUAGUCAUUACGCACGCAGGAAGCCUCCGGCAAAAUAGCUACAUGAACUUUUAUGAGCUGUUGGUAAUUAUACUGGCUCAUUUAUUAAUAACAUUUUUCCUUGCAUUUGUUGUAUGCAUUUUCUUCGAAUCGCCUAUUCAUGGAUUAGAAAAAAUUUUGCUGAGCAAACAUAAAAGCAGUUCUCAAAAACCUCAGUCCAAUGCCAACAUUAGACCUGUUGAAGAAAGAUAACUAAGCCAAAAAUUAAAUGUAUAAUUAUUAUAAUUUAUUUAAAUUAAGUACACCUAUAGGUAAAAUAUUUAUAACGUA